UAUUAAGCUUGCAAAAUAAUUUUAUUAUUAUCUAAUAAAUAUUACAUAUUAAUUAAGUGUUUCUUAUCGAAAACAAUUUAAGUGAAAUUGUUUUGAAUCUAAGAAAAAGUAGGUUUGUUCAUCUUUGGAUUUACGAGUAAAAUAAAUUUAAAUACUUCUUGAGUGGGCUUUGAUAAUAUAAAAAGAAUAUCCUAUUAUGAAGAGAGCAAACAUAUCUGCAAAGAAAGAAAGAAAUCCCAUACUUCUGGCUAAUUUUAUAUCAAGAUGGACAUUUUGGUGGCUUCGUGAGUUGUUUCGAAAAGGUUUUAAUCGUCCCUUAAAAGAAGAAGAAUUGUACGAACACAUACCAUCUUUAGAUUGCGAAACAGUUGCACAAAAGUUUGCAAACUUAUGGGAGGAUGAAUUAAAAAGAAAAAAUCCUAGCAUUAUACGUGUAAUAUUUUGUGCUUUUGGCAAAUCUUUUAUAAUAUAUGCCCUAUUACUUGAUUUAUUAAAAUUCGUAACUAAAAUUGCUCAACCAAUUUGCCUUGCUGGUUUGAUGUCAUAUUUUACGCAAAAUAGUGCAGGUGGAAUAUCGAAAACAGACGCAUAUUUAUAUGCAACUGGAGUAGUAUUAUCAUCGCUUUUACGAGGAAUAACGCUUCAUCCUUUUCAAUUUUAUUCCUCUCAAAUCGCAAUCAAAAUUCGUUUAGCUUUGUCGGGACUAAUAUACAGUAAAAUUUUAAAGAUAUCUACGACAACAAUGAAUGAUGGGUUGAGUUCUCGUGCCAUUAAUAUUUUAUCAAACGAUUUAUCGAAAUUUGAUUUACUUUUAUUUUUAAUUCGUGAUAUAUGGCAAGGUCCAAUUGAAGCUUUAUUUCUCUGCUAUAUUGCUUAUCAACAAGUUGGGAUAUCAGCAAUUAUCGGCGUAGGUUUUCUGUUAUGUUUUACUCCACUACCAGCUUGGGCCGGCAAGAAAGUCGCGCAAUAUCGAUUAAGAACGGCAAGAAGAACUGAUUUUAGAAUUAAAUUAAUGAAUGAAAUUAUUCGAGGUAUUCAAGUUAUAAAAAUGUAUGCUUGGGAAAAAUGUUUCGCAAAUAUUGUGGAACAAGCUCGCAAAAAAGAAAUCAAAAUUAUUCGAGGAACUAUGAAAGUUUAUUCAUUUUUAGCGACUAUCUCAAUGAUUUCGAAGAUUUCAACAUUUAUAACAUUAAUAUCUUAUAUUUAUUUGAAUGACGAAACAAUUAAUGCUGAAAAGGUUUUCACCAUAUCGUUGAUAUUUCUUCUAUUAAAUGAUUCAUUAGUUCGUUGGCCUAGAGCAAUAACAAGUUUGGCAGAAGCCUACAUUUCAACGAAACGAGUAAAAGAUUUUCUAUUGGAAGAAAUUAUUGGAGCUAAUUGUUUUCAAUCUGGAUCUAGAAUCCAUAAUGAAAGCAGAGCUACAGAGAUAAGUGUGUUGUUUGAAAAAGUGUCUGCAUCUUGGUGUUCCAACGACCUUUAUAAUAGUUCUACGACUUUGUCAGAUUUAAAUAUUCACAUAAAAGAAAGGAGUUUAUUCGCAAUUAUUGGCUCUGUAGGUGCAGGUAAAUCUUCUUUUCUGAAUGCUAUUCUGGGUGAAAUGCAAUUAAAUGAAGGUGUAUUACACGUUAAUGGAAAAGUAAGUUAUUGUUGUCAGGAACCAUGGCUUUUCGAAGGGUCUAUUCGUGAUAAUAUUGUAUUUAUCGAAGGUUUCGAUGAAAAAAGAUACAAAGAAGUUAUUAGAGUUUGUGCUUUACAAAGAGAUAUAGAUUUAUGGCCGCAUGGUGAUACAACAAUAGUUGGUGAACGGGGAAUCAUUUUGAGUGGUGGACAGAAGGCACGGGUAAAUUUAGCUCGCGCUGUAUAUAAGAAGGCGAAUAUUUAUUUGCUGGAUGACCCAUUAUCGGCUGUGGAUGCGCAUGUUGGAAAACAUAUUUUUGAAAACUGUGUUCAAGAAUUUUUGAAGGAUAAAAUAUGUAUUUUAGUUACUCAUCAAUUACAGUACCUGAAAAAUGUAAAAAAUUUAGUUUUGAUCAAUUCUGGGAGAAUUCAAGCUAAAGGGAGUUACAAGGCAUUGAAAGAGUUAAAUGAGUUUAGUUUGUUAACUCAAGCUCAAGAUGAAGCUGCAGAAACAGAAAGUAUUCAUUCAUCAAUUAGCUCAAAAAGUGAAAGUGAAAAGAAAAUGAAUCUAAUACAAGAGCUGACUAAAAUUAAGGAGGAAGAUGGGGGCGAAGAUCGUAAAGAGAAACAGGAAAUAGGAGCAAUCAAAUUUGAUGUAUACAAGUCAUAUUUCAAAUCAUUGAAUAAUUUCUGUUGGUUUUUGUCUGUAGUUUUGCUAUUCGUUUUUGCGAGAGCUGCUCUCAGUAUUGUAGAUUAUUUUAUUUCUAGAUGGGUAAUUUGGGAAGAAGAUAUUUCACGAAAUGUAACUGCUGGACAAAACACAAGGUUAGCUAGCAAUAUCGAAGGAGUCUUAAUCCAUGAGGAUGAGGUGGGAAGAGAAAGAACUGAAUUGAUCAUAAUUUACUCAGGACUUUUAGCCAUUACGUUAAUUUUAUUUCUAACACGAAAUUUCGUCUUUUUUUUCAUGUGUUUGCGAAUAUCACUUAAACUUCAUGAUAAAUUAUUUAAAGGAGUAAUAAGAGCUACAAUGUAUUUUUUUAAUAUGAACCCAUCUGGAAGAAUUUUAAAUCGAUUUUCUAAGGAUGUGGACUCUAUAGAUUCAACUUUACCAUCUGUUUUAUUAGAUUGUGUUCACUUUUUUACUGAUAUUUUCGCGAUACUGGUGAUGGUGGUAGUAGUAAACAAGUGGUUUUUAAUACCGGCUGUUAUAAUGGGGGUUCUUUUCUUUUUCAUGAGGUGCUGUUAUAUUAAUACAAGCCGUUCCAUUAAGCGUAUCGAAUCUAUAAAUCGCAGUCCAAUAUAUUCACAUAUAAAUCAAACUUUUCAAGGAUUAACAACCAUAAGAGCUUCAUUUGCUCAAAACGAGAUGACAGAAGAGUUUUACAAACAUAAUAAUUGUCAUACAUCUGCUUGGUAUUUGUUUUUAGCAACAACAAGAGCUUUUGCUUUAUGGUUGGAGUUCUUUUGUGUUGUUUUUAUUGCUAUUGUCACAUAUAGUUGUCUUUUACUUGAAGAUCAAUUUUACAGUGGUGAUGCUGGACUUGCAAUUACCCAAUGUAUUUCACUAGUUGGUACGGUUCAGUGGGGAAUGAGACAAACAGCUGAACUUGAAAAUCAAAUGACUAGUGUGGAAAGAAUAUUUGAAUAUAUUCACGAAAAGCCAGAACCUGCUUAUGAAAGUGUGCCAAGCAAUCGUCCUAAAAAUGACUGGCCAAUUUAUGGAAAAAUAAUUUUCAAUAAUGUUAAUUUGAAAUAUUCCAAGAAUGGAGAAUACGUUUUAAAAAACUUAAAUUUUGAAAUAAAUUCGGAAGAAAAGAUCGGAAUUGUGGGAAGAACUGGUGCUGGGAAAUCAUCUAUUAUUCAAGCCAUAUUUCGAUUGGCCCAUAAUGAAGGCGAAAUUAAAAUUGGUGACAUUGAUAUUAGUCGAUUAGGUUUACAUGAUUUAAGAAGUAAAAUAUCAAUAAUUCCACAAGAUCCUGUACUGUUUUCUGGCACUUUAAGGUAUAACUUAGAUCCAUUUGAAAAAUCAAGUGAUGCUGAAUUGUGGAGUGCGUUACAAGAAGUAGAGCUAAAAGAGUAUGUUUCUGCAAUGACUGAUGGUCUGAAUUGCAAAAUGUCAGAUGGUGGUUCUAAUUUUAGUAUGGGACAACGGCAAUUAGUUUGUUUGGCAAGGGCUAUUCUGAGGCAAAAUAAAAUUUUGAUUUUAGAUGAAGCUACUGCUAAUGUUGAUCCAGAGACUGACAAACUGAUACAAAAGACGAUUCGUACAAAAUUUGAACAUUGUACAGUUUUAACUAUUGCACAUCGAUUACAUACUAUAAUAGAUAGCGAUAGAGUACUAGUAAUGGAUAGUGGCCGAGCUGUGGAAUUCGGUCAUCCAUAUGAAUUAUUGCAGAAUUCAGAUGGAUUUUUAAAGAAAUUGGUAGAUCAAACAGGUGUAGAAACAUCCAAUAUAUUAAUACAAAUGGCGUCAGGUAGUUAUCAUGGGAAAACCUGAAGCUAGCUCAAAAGUACAAUUGAAUCACUUAGGUCAAUUAUAAUUAAUUAACUGUUUUAACGAAUUUAAAUUAUAAUUAAAAUUUUGUACUUAAUAUAUUAAUGAUUUUUAAUAAUGCUAA